AUGUCGGAUUCAGACUCAUCAUGCGAUGUACAAGAAAUCUUAGCCUGCCCUGGGUUGUAUGAAGAAAUUACACAUGAGAAGAAACAUGUGUAUAAUAAGUCAGCUCUAAUGAAUACUCUCAAUAGUAUUAGAAAAAAUCUCCCAUGGAUCGAGCGAUUAGAUGUCACAUGUAUGGCAGCUCCAGCUCAAAAAGAUUUAGAUUUGGAUGACUUACAACAUAUCGAUCCAGAUGAUGAUUUUAAACGUGAAAACUUUUUUUACCGUGUAGCUCAGGCAGCGGUGCUUAUAGCUAUACCUCAAUUACACGCUUUAGAUGUACCGACUAAACGUCCAUCUGAUUACUUUGCAGAAAUGGUCAAAACAGAUGAUCACAUGACAAAGGUUAAAAAAUAUCUAAUUGAAACUAAACAAAAAUUAGCAUUACGUGAACGUGCUAGACAAAUAAGAGAACGACGUAAAUUUGGUAAACAAGUUCAACAGACUGUUAAUCAAACACGUAAAGAAGAAAAACGUAAACUAACGGAAGCUGUAAAGAAUACAUGGAAAAAACUGGAAUUAAUCAAAGAUUAUGAACCGAAAAAUGAUAAAUCCAACAUGAAAACAUCAUCAUCAAAGAGUUUUCAUACAGCAAAAGAUUAUGCAAAUCGGCGGAAAAUUAAUCAAAAACGUGUUUAUAAAAAUAAUAAAUAUGGUCAUGGUGGACAAAAAAAGCGUCAAAAACGUAAUACAUCUGAAUCAGUUAAUAUCGGAGCACGACGUGAUUUCAGUCAAUUAAAACAUCAAGCUACACCAAAUAAAGCUAAACAAAUUCGUUUAAAUUAUCGUAAAUUAAAACAAAAACAUAAGAAAAUGACAAAAAAACGUGGUUAA